AUGGACAUAAGAUCACAUAGAGGUCAUUCCGAUCCAGCCUUUAUUAGUACUGGAUUCAGAGGAUGGAUCAUAGCUACAAAAAAAUUCAAAUUACAUCAAAUGUCAUCUAUUCAUAUAAGUAGUGUUCAAACAUUAUCAGCAUAUUUAAAAGAAAUUCCCAUUGAUGCACAACUAGAGAAGAAAAGAAUAGAAUGUUUAAGUAAACAAGAAGAGAAAAAAAUGAAUAACCAUAUAAUUAUGAAGAAACUAAUUGAUAUAAUAAUAACUAUGGCAAAAGGUGGUCGUACAUUACGUGGUCAUGAUGAAAAUUCAAAAAUUUUAGAAAAAGGUUUGUUUCUAGAAAUUGUUGAACUUAUUUCUAGGUAUGAUCCAGUAAUGAAGGAUCAUUUAGAAAAAGCUCCAAAAAAUUCAACCUAUUUAAGUCCAGAUAUUCAAAAUGAUAUUAUCAAAAGUAUUCAAAAUGUUAUGCUUCGUUCUAUUAUUUCAUCGAUAAAGUGCAAACCUGUGUCUAUUAUAGCUGAUGAGACAACUGAUUUAGGACACAAUGAGCAACUUUCUUCAUCAAAAUAUCUGAUAACAAGAGAUUUAUCAGAUAUUUUGAUGAAGACACUUACAUGCCUGUUGAAUGCUUUAUUGGUCUUCAUAGAGUUGAAAAAGUUGAUUCUCAAUCAAUAUUUGAUGAACUAUCCAAAAUGUUAUCAAGUUUAA